CGUGCGCAUGUACGUGUGCGUAGGGGGCUUUUCCCACAGCAUCGCGGAAUCGAAGCCAUGGCGACAGCUGUUCGAGCUGAAUAUUUACCUUUGAUUUAAGGUUAAUUUCACGAUAAGCACACCUGAGUUAUUUUAACCACGUCGUUAUGUCAUCCUCCAGCAAAGACCAUUCCUGAGACUUGGAUAUGUUGCACCACAUGGAGUGGGAUUCAUCCGACGAUGGUCUGGAAGCAUCAAUGGACGCCCCCUCUCGCUUAUCUGACUCUCCUCAGUCGAAGCCCUCCACCACCACCGACAUCUCGGAACACGAGUUCUCAUGCCACUGUUGCUACGACAUCUUGGUGAACCCCACCACCUUGACCUGUGGCCAUAACUUCUGCCGCCACUGUCUGGCUCUGUGGUGGGAGUCCUCUCGCAAGAACGAGUGCCCAGAGUGCCGGGAGAAGUGGGAAGGCUUUCCUAAAAUCAACAUACUGCUGAGGGAUGCAACUGAGAAGCUGUUCAGUGAGGUCGUUGAGCGGAGGAGAGCAGAGAUCCAGGCGAACCCCAAAAUCUCCCAGAGCUUGCUGGCCUUCCAGAGGUUCGGUGACAACUUGGGGAGAUCCAGGACAAACCAGCAGAAAGGAGCCGGCUUCUUCUUCUCUGGAGUCCUGACUGCUCUCUGCUGUGUGGCUUUGCUGGUGCUGGUGUUUCACUGGAGCAGCAGUGUGGUGGAGCCCCAUGACCUGUUGAUCAGUAAACCGGUGUCUCACUGGGCGCCGGAGGAAGUCGUGUCCUGGCUGGAACACUUGGGGCCCUGGGCCCAGCUUUACAGAGAACCCUUCCAGCAGGAGAACGUCAACGGGAGACUGCUGUUGAUGCUGGGGGACGAAGAGUUGUUAAAACCGCCUUACAACAUCGAAAAUCAGGCUCACCGACGGGCCGUUCUGGCAGAACUGGACCGAGUUAAAGCCCUGGGGGCCAAACCUCCGCAGAACCUCUGGGAAUACAAGGCUAUCAAUGCAGGGAAGUCCCUGUUCUUGCUGUACGCACUGAAGCGCUCCCCUCGUCUCACACUCUUCUACUUGUACUUAUUCGACUACUCGGAAACCUUCCUGCCCUUCCUGCACACCUGCUGUCCGGCCAUCACACACAUCGGCCAGUCAAUGGAGAGCAGCUUCCUCAACGCACAGUUGGAGCCCAGUUGGCGCCAGUGGGCAGAGUUUCUGGUAAAGUACCUGCUGCUUCCGUACCAGCUGAUAGCAGAGUUUGCGUGGGACUGGCUGGCCGUCCACUACUGGACGUCUCGCUUCAUCAUUGUUAACGCCAUGCUGCUGUCUGUGCUGGAGGGCUGCGCCCUGUGGAGACUCUGGACAAGAGCCAGGAUCAGGUCUCUGCCGCGCAAGAUGUGGAACCACUUGUGGAAGACGUUAUCUCAGGGCUUUGCCUUCGCCCUCCUGUGGCCUUUUGUCCCUCAGUUUGUAUGCAACUGCCUCUUCUACUGGGCUCUCUACUUCAGCCCCAUCAUCAACAUAGACCUGGUGGUGCAGCAGCUAAUGCACCCAGAGACACAGGCACUGUAGCAGACUGCAUGCAGUCAGUGCCCAAUUAAUGCCGUACAGUUCACAGCAAAUUAAAAAAGAUAAAAGCCAGAAAUCCAGUUGCUGAAGAGAAGUGUUUAUUUUCAGCGGUUUACACAUGUGACAUGAAACUGGCUUAUUUGCUGUUGGAAAGGAAAUCCUCUCGCUUCCGGUCUUGUCUCUCUGCUGGAGGGUUGCCGUGUUAGGAACAAGACGGGCGUUGAGCUGGUGAAGGAGAAGCGGAAUACAACAAGAUGAGAAACGGUGAAAUAUCUGUGAUGUCAUUGAUUAGAAGUACUGCAGUGCAUUCACAAGCCACAUUGCCUAAAAACGGUCUAGAGGGCAGUUAUGCAAAUGAUAAGUGACGUGGUCGUUGGAGACUGGACACAGCCUGAGUUUCAUGAAAGCUUUGUGGCACUGAGGUGACCGCUGAGCUUUUUUUAACCACACAGACUGAAGGUGGAACAAAACGAGUAUAGAUAUAUUAUUUUUACUAUGUGUCUUCAUGGCAUGUUGUCCACAACCAAUUACAUGAACAGCUGCUGCUCUUAAAGUAUCGGUUUGAAUGAAGCAGCGUAAUCAGUGUAUAUAAAUCCUUAUUCUGCAUGAGUUUCAAUUAGUUCUCCGAGUCCUUUAGUGCGGUUUCGGGCUUUCUCUGUGCCACAGAGCUGUCUGAAAAAUUCACUGUACGACGUAUGGUGACAUCAUUGUGAAAUGUGUCGGAUGUUGAGGUUUGCCGUUCUGCAGCCUGAUGGGAACCUCGGCUGAUUAAAGCGUAAACGGAAACAAAGUCUUUACGAGCAAAUGUUCAACACUUGAGCGCAUUCCGGGAAUUCCAGGCGUUUCAUUUCAGCAUAAUGUGGCACUUAGAUUUGAAAUGCAACAUAUGUUCUUCAAUUUGAGAUGCUGAUACAGAUGUUUUUAUAAUUUUUAUGAUUUUAAGGGGAAACUGUUCAUAGCUUAUUUUAUUUGCUGGUACUGCCAACAAACAUUGUGUUGCAUUCUUUCUUUCUUUUUUAUUGUUUAGAAACCGUAUACGUUUCCAUUUGAUGGGUGAGAAGAGCUAAUGAAAGACUUUAUUUUUUACAUUGUUCAUUUGCACUUAAAAGUUCUACACUGUGAUUUUUGUUCUUCAAUGUUCCAUAAUGACAAAGGAAAAAUAAAGAUUUUAAAUAA